UCUGUUAACCCUGAGUAAAUUUACCCAGGUAAGUCGCAUAAACUGCUUUCUGGAAUACCCCCCAUUAUUUAUUUAUUUAUUUAUUUAGGUUUAUUUGUUUGUUUGUAACAGUAGCGUUAGCGUGCAGUUCCUGUCCUUAUCCAGCAGGGGGCGAUUUAUUUAGGCUUAUUUGUUUGUUUGUAGCAGUAGCGUUAGAGUGCAGUUCCUGUCCUUAUCCAGCAGGGGGCGAUACACUUCACGACUGUUUGUUUAAACACUUUGUGCCAUGAAGAAGAAAAGUGGCACCAGCGGACAUGUUUAAAUCAGUCAGAGAUAGAGAUACGCUGUGGAUUUUUUUCUCAGUAAUGACGGGGACAAAGCGGUGAAUCCUCCAUUUUUAAUAAAGCAGAUGUGUUCCUCUCCUGUCGUCCAACACCCACAACACCGUCAUUUCGACUCGAGGUAAGAACUCAGUGUAGUGCAUCAGUGUAGUGCCUUGUAGCUGCCUGGUUAUUUUACAAGCCGCUGAAUCAGAUUUGUCCUGCACCAUGCAGUAGGAGCUGACUCCUGGGAACAGUUCUGGUAAACGUUUAAAUCUGGACAAAUCAAUUCAGAACCAGUUUCGUCAUGUAGACCAAUUUUAAAUUGAGAGAUUUGGGAAGGAAAGGAGAUUUCUAUUCGAAAAAAGCGAGUCUCUGUUAUUCCACUAGGGGGCAAACUAGAGCUCCAAACUCAAGGCCACAAUCUCAGAUCCUGGGGAAAAUGUGCAAAAGUUUGCAGACCAUCACACCCGUAUGUGGUUCUUCCCCAAACUACUGCGACAAAGUUGGAAACGUUCAAUAAUGUCCUUGUAUUUGAAGUGCACCUAUUAUGGUUUUUCAAAUAUUCCCUUUCAUAUAGUGUGUUAUAGAGCUGUUUGUGAAUGUAAAAAAAUCUGCAAAGUUUCAUAAAUCAAAGCGCAUGACAAAAAGAGUUAUCGACUCCCAAAAGAAGGAAUCAAUUCUGAACAGCUGAAACGAGUCGUUAGUGAUUCCAGACUUACUUCCUGUACUAACCUACGUAGGUUUGUAACAAAAAGCCCUGCCUCUGGUCUUCAUCAGCUGCUCGGUGACAGCGGUAGACCAAUCACAACAGACUGGGACAGCUGACCAAUCAGAGCAGAGUAUGCUCUCUGAAAGGAGGAGUUUAGAACGAAUCCUUUAGAGCAAGUCUUUAGACACUGGGAAAGUGUGGGGGGGAGGUAAUGCUGCAGUUUAAAUUAAGAGCACAUUAAAGUGUUUUUUUGACCUUGGAUGCAUGUAAAUCUAUUGUAUGAGAGCUUUAAAACAGAGCUAGGUGUGUUUCAAAACCAUAAUAGGUGUGCUUUAACAUAACAAUUUCCCUUCACUGCAACUAAGGGGUGACACAGUGCAUCUCUGGGGUUGGGGGUUAAAAUCCCACCCUCCACCCUGUGUGUGUGGAGUUUGCAUGUUCUCCCUGUGCUUCGUGAGUUUCCUCUGGGUACUCCGGUUCCCUCCCCCAGUCCAAAGACAUGUGCUGUAGGCUGAUUGACAUGUCCAAAUUGUCCAGUGUGUGUGUGUGAAAUUGUGCCCUGUGAUGGGUUGGCACUCUGUCCAGUGUGUCCCCCACUUUGUGCCCCAAGUUCCCUGGGAUAGGCUCCAGGCUCCCUUGUGUAGGAUAAGUGAUAUGGAGGAUGGAUGGCCCAGACCUGUUCCAGCAUGACAGUGCUCUUGUGCACGAAGCGAGCUCCAUGAAGACAUGGUUUGCCAAGCUUGGAGUGGAAAAACCUGAGCAGACACCUGACCUCAACCCCACUGAACACCUUUAGGAUGAACUGGAACACCGACUGCACCCCAGGCCUCCUCACCCAACAUCAGUACCUGACCUCACUAAUGUGCUUGUGGCUGAAUGAAUACACACCCCCACAGCCACGCCCCAAAAUCUAGUGUAAAGCCUUCCUGGUAGAGUGGGGGUUGUUAUAACAGCAAAUGAGGGACUACAUCUGGAAUGGGAAAGCACAUAUGGGUAUGAUGGUCAGGUGUCAACAAACUACUGGUCAUAUAGUGUAUGUAAUACUUCAUUUUUCAUUUCACACUGUAACCCUCUCUCUUGUGCUCUGUUUUUUGUACUGUCAAAGAAAAUUAAAUAACAAUUAAACAGGGUUAACCAUCUUAAAUACAAUCAAAUGCAGAUGUAAAGGUACAGGUAAAUCAGUAGUGACUCUACAGCCUUGUAUUAAAAUGCGUCUCUAUGUGAUGUGCACUUUGAAUAAUUAACAAUCUGUCUUUCAUUCGUCUGAUUAAUCAGUGAAGGCAGAAAAUAUCCCUACCUAUGGUGUCAAAGGCUGACGAUACACUGAAAAGUCUCUGGUUGAACAGAGACACUUCAGGCCACAUGUGGUUAUCUGACAGUCCAUCUAAGUCGUGUGCAGAGAGUCCACUGGAAGGUUCCAGUUCUGAAGACUCUGUGGUCUCCGGCCCCAGCUCGCCUUCUGCUGCACUUCAUUCACUGAGAUGCACGAUGUGUGAGAGACUUUUCUCCAAAAUGAGGAGGCAAGGGCCUCCAAGCAAAAAACAAAGAGACCACGAUCCAGCCUCGCUAUCAUGUGAUGAGUGGCUGCUUAAUAAAACCUGGCACCCACAGAGACGGAAGCAAUCCAGAGGGAGGUUAUGGGUGCACUUGAAGCACAUCAGGCUGCGAGCUGCAAAGCAGUCAGACCAUGACAUGGCAAAUACAGCAUGGUGGCCCUGCUCCAGACCUCACGUGUUCCUGCAGAGGAACUUGCGUCGCUGCAAAAAGAUGUUUGGAAAGCCAUCUAAAAGCAAAGCGAAGUCGAGAAAUCAGCAGAGAAAUCGUGCAAAAUCCACAAUGUGUCUGCGCAGUGGAAAUUAUCAGAGGAGCAAGAGAAGGAAGUCCUCAGAGAAAGACGAUACACCGGAGCAUCUUUCACCAGUGGAUCUCAGCACUACCUUGGAAGACGAGCUGCCUGGAAACGACAGGACUCGCCGUGAGGGUGUGCCGCAGUUGGAGACAAUUCAGAGCAAACAAUGCGUUAGCGAUACGAGUGGCUUCAUGGACACUCAGGCUGAUUGCAGUGGCCUGGAGGGAACUCGUAGGGUGCUGAAAUUUGACACUUUUCCCAAAGCCGUGCUCGCUGAAACGCAGAAACCAAAGCACUGCCUCGUAAAUAAGAGUGCAGGAGGAAAAUUACAUGAAGGCCCAGCAGAUUUCGAAGUGAAGAACGGAGAUUGUCCCAGAAGGCAAGAUGAAGUUCCGUGUGAGGAUUUGGAUGUGUUUAGAACGCCAACGGAUCUCUUCAGUGCAGAUUUGAAGAUCACCAGGAAGAGCAAGCCAUUGCGUCCACGGAAACACAGCUUCAGGUCCAUGUUAGCUGCACUUGGGCACGGUCAUAAACAGAUUAUUAAGGAGUCCCAUUCCCAUCACUGAUGCUUUUGCAGAAAUCCACAAUUUAUUGUUUUUGUUUUCUCCAUUUAUUUUUUAUUUGGUGUUAGUUACAGACUGCAAGCCAGUCUCUGUAUUCAGCUUGUUCAGUAACAAUUGCCCAGUCUGUACACCUGUUGUCAGAUACAACAUGUUUGUGUUUUGUAUGAAGAUUAUGUGUACUAAACCCUCCAAGACUUUGCAUCACAGAUGCUUACUAGACCUAUUUGUUAACUGUAAAUGUUAAAAGACUAUUCAAAGGCAAGCAUCAAAAGUCAUAAUGUUGUGGAAGCCAGAAUAUCGGUGGCUUUAUUUAAGUUUAAAAAAAAUGUUAACUUGUAAAUUCUUGCAUAGAGUAUUAUUUUUCUUAAAUUUAUUUAGUCACAUUCUCCAUUUUUUGUUGUUAAAAACAAUAAAUAGGUUGAUGCAGGAUAAUGGCUCUGGUGCAGUUUCAACUAUGGCCACUAGGUGGCAGUUGUAGAACAUAAACACAACCAGAAAGUCCAACUUAAACCUUGUAGUAUUAUUAUUAUUAUUAUUUUAUUCAGUCUACUUGCAAUAAGUCAGUUUAUUAUUAGAGUUAUUGUAUGGAGGAAGUGCUGUCAGUAUAGAAAGCUUAUCAAGUGAAAACUGAAGUAUCAAGUAUAUUACUAUGUAUAUUAAUAUAUGUUCAUUCAUUAUACCAUUAUCUGUCAUUUUGUAAAUCAGUUUCGUGUUAUGGAGACUUUUCGUUACUGUUCUGCCACACACAGUGUGUGUGUGUGUGUGUGUGUCAGUCAUAGCUUGUGGCCAAACCUACGAAAACCAUGAAUAUAUUCAUAAAUUGAAAAAUACUCCACUAUACAUCGCCCACUCUGAGAUGAAUCAUGCAUUUAUAGCAUUUUAGAACUCCAUACUGCAGCUUGAAACUAAACAAUACAUUUUAUUUAAAUUAUUCCAGCACAUUACAGCUCACUUCUAGAGUCGUAAUGCUUUAGGGACACCACAUUACAGAAUACUCUUCCUUCUGGAUGUGUGUACCGACCGUCAGGUUAACCCUUUGUGGGGAAAACGAUGCUUAAAGAAAAGAAAAAAAGGCAAUUCUCUGUGAGAUGGAGCGAGUUUUGGGGUGUCCUCGCUCCUGAUUGGUCCAAAACUAUCCGAACUGGAGAUCUCCGUCCAAUCAGGAGCUGCGCGUGCUGCCCAGCGAAAGCCACCUGCUCAGAACGGACUUCAAACCGCGGAGGGAGCGCGUGCGUGCGCGAGACGGAUCUCUUGAGGGGAUCUGAUGACUUUUUCCAGCACGCGAGUGUUUUUUUUUUUGUUGCUACGAAUCUCCGUUUCUGAACGCUUGUGUAGGUCGAGAAGGCGCUGCGUUUCAACAUGCACGGAGUUGAGCUAAUGAAGAGCAGCUUAAUCAGUGGACCUGUUUUCUAAUAACCAUAGUCAUGUUAAAAGCCUUAAAGAUGAAGCAUCUCUCAGCUCUGCUGGUUUUGUGCUUGCACAUGGUAAGCUGUCUGUCUGUCUGUCUGUCUGUCUGUGAGGUAAAAUUGGCCAUAUGCAAAAACAAAAAUUCCAACAAUUCCACACCUGAAGAAAUUUCUUGAUACACAAUUUAUUUGGCCGUAUUUAUUAUUUGUUCUGAGUAGAUCGUGGAUUUACACACGCAAAAACAUUUAAGUAAAGAAAAAUAGUUUAAAUUUUUUUUUUAAAUAAGUAAACAGAACAAGAUCAUGGCGAGUCUAUGUCGUCUUUUUUUUUUUUGUUUUGUGUGUGGUAAUGAAAUCAGCAGGUCAGAGUUUCAGAGCACAGCUUCUAAAGCACAACCCUUCACAUUUGCAUGUUUCUCCUGCUCCCAGCACACUUGAUUCAACUAAUCAGCUAUAUAACAGUUGAUGUGGGUGUGCGAGAGCAGGCAAAAAACUAAACAGGGCGUACUCCAGGACCGGAGAUGGGAUCUGUGUUCUGUAAGCACUUGUAAUACGCCCGCUACACUCUGAACUGCUCAUCAUGAUGCCAUUUUGAGCGAGGAUAAUAUCCAAGCAUACGGUCAAGUUGCCUCAUCUACCUCAAGUGAAGGUGAGGCACUGACACUGUAUAAAACGUAUAGAGUUUGAUAAAGAAAUGGUGUUGCUCUGCUUGACCGUAGCACAGAUUCAGCAGAAGAAUCUGCCAAAAAAUAUAUAUAAUAAAUAUCCUAUUGUAUUCUUGAUUUGUACAAUAGAAUACAAUCGUAUGUAUAAUGCAUUACGCUAUUACUAUUCAAUAUUUGUGAAAUAUGAUUUGUUGCAAUGCUGAGUCAAGGAAAAAAAAAAUGUACACACAAGUCAAAAAACUAAUCAAACAGUCCCUUAGUCUGAGAAAAAAGAACGAGGAUAAAGACAAUUCCAGUGAUCCACAAAUGAAAUACAACAAUUGGAAGUUAUGGA